CGCGCUGUUCCCGGCAUGCCUUGCGGGAGCCGCGCUUGCGCACUGGAGCCGGCGCGCCGGGGCGGGUGCGGAGCGUCUGGGAGCCGCGGGAGCCGCAGCUGCGGGCGGCCACGCUGAGUGCUGAGUGCGGGUACUUACAGAAAUGUCCGGACCGGUCAUCUCUCCAACCUGCAUCAAUGCUGCAACUUCUGAAACGUUCACGGUCCUCCAGCAGAGGAUGAGGAUAGUUGAGGAACAGACCAGUUCUUUGAGGGAUGACUUAAUAAUGUUUGACUUUAGCGGGGAAAGAGGCAGCUUGCAAACUCCAAAGUGUUUACAAGAACCCAUGAGUCAGAACAUGAUUACGCCUGUCGAAAAUCACGUGACUUGUACGGGGAAGACAGAGAUCUUAUGGAAGAACUGUGAGUUUCUGGUGAAUCGGAUGUGCCACUUGGAAAACCUUAUCCAGUCCUUGAAGAUGAACAUCUUUCAUCUGCAAACUGAAAAGGAUUUGAGUCCGCAGAAGACAGCUUUGCUGAGGGAGCGGCUGAAUGUAAUUCAGGAAGAACAUUCCAAGGACAUGAAGCUGCUGCAUCUGGAAGUGAUGAACUUGCGCCAGCAACUGAGAAAUGCGAAAGAGGAAGGAGACAGGGACCAGGAUGAAGUGCAGAGGUUGACGGCCACUCUGGAGAUAGCGUCCGAAACUAAGAAGAAUGCCGCUAUUAUGGAAGAGGAACUGAAGACUACAAAACGCAAAAUGAACCUUAAAAUUCAGGAGCUAAGGAGACAACUGUCGCAGGAGAAGCACCUCAGGGAAUCUCUUGAGAAAUCUGGAUCAGCCAUGCUGCUCAAAAUACAAGAAAUGGAGUCAACCGUGGAGGCGGAACGGAAGCAGGUGCAUAUUUUGCAGCAAAACUGCAUUGCCCUACACAGUUCUAUACAGACCACCCAGGAGCUGCUGACAGAGGAGCAACAUCAGAAGGGACGGCUGGAGACUGCUGCCUCCCAGCUCAAGUCUGAUCUAAUUUCUAGAGAUGACCUCAUUUCCAAGUUGGUUGAAGAAAAAAAGAAUAUGCAGGUGUCUUUUGACAAGGAACAUGAAAAAAAUGCAUAUUUGAAGUCUGAAAUAACAGAUCUCCAUGAAGCAUCAGAAAAAACACAGGCGCUGAAUAACCAGCUGGCUAGGAAGUGUUCCGAGCUGAACAGCAUGCUGCAGACUGUCAGUGUGGAGAACGCCAGGAUCAUUGCUGACCACCAAGCCAUGCUGCAGGUGGAACAGAAGAUGAUAACACAGACAUUUCAAGAGCAGAACUUGCUGCUGGAUGCCGCCCAUGCCAGCAUCACAAAUGAGCUGCAGGCUGUUCAGACUGAGAAGGCCCGUCUCCAAGCACAUCUGAAUCAGCAACUCCUGGAGCUCAGCCAGUGGACCCAGAAAGCAGAGGACACUGAGAGGAGGGCAGCUGCACAGAAGGAGCUGCUGGAGACAGCCAUUGCAAGACUGCAGGGAGAGCUGGAAGCAGCAGCAAGGGAGAGGAAGUCCUUGAUUGAGGAGAGAGAGAGGCUCCAGGAGGAGGUUGAUAGAACAGAAAAAGAAAGAGCUGAAGAAAGAUGCAGUUUAGAAAAAGAAUUAGCUAAAUGCAAGGUGGAUGCAGACACACUGACCCACAGCUUACAGGCUGUAGAGAAGAGGAACAAACACCUAGAGGGCCAGCUGGCUUCUCUAGAGCUGCAGCAAGACGCUUCCGACUACCAUGGGAUUGCCCGACAGCAGGUGGAAAAGGCUCUGGUUCAAGUUACUGAGAGUAAAAACAAGCUGGCCUACGAGAACGGACAGCUGCAGAUACAAGUGAAGCAGCUGGAAGAGCAGCUCCAUUCUUUCACCGAGAUCAGCUCGCAGAAUGACCAUCUGCACAAGCUGAACAAGGCUUUGGAAGGCAGAUACUCUCAGGUGAAAUACAUUCUUGAGAAGAAUGAAGAGGAACUCUCACGGUUAGUAAAGUGUCGAGAUGCAGCCCUGAAAGAGAGUCAGAAGCUGCGAGGAGACAUGGAGGCCAUGGAGGACAGGGAGAACAAGAAGGUGGGGAACUUCCAGCGCCAGCUGGCGGAGGCUAAGGAAGACAACUGCAAGGUCACAGUCAUGCUGGAGAAUGUGCUGGCUUCUCACAGCAAGAUGCAGGGCGCCCUGGAAAAAGUGCAGAUAGAGCUCGGGCGGAGGGACUCGGAGAUUGCAGGCCUCAAGAAGGAAAGGGCCCUGAACCAGCAGCGGGUGCAGAAGCUAGAAGCAGAGGUGGACCAGUGGCAGGCCAGGAUGCUCGUCGUGGACGCCCAGCACAGCAGUGAGAUGGAGCCCCUGCAGACUGCUCUGGAAGUGGCCAGAGAAGAUGGCCGGAAGCUGGCCAUGAGUCUGGAGCAGGCCCUGCAGACCAACAGCCACCUGCAGACGAAGCUGGACCGCAUCCAGGAGAAGCUGGAAAACAAGGAGGCCGAGCGGCAGAGCUUGGAGGCUCUCAGAGAGCGGAUGGCGGAAGAGUCCAAAGUGGAGGCAGAGCUGCACGCUGAACGCAUAGAGGCUCUCAGGAAGCAGUUCCAGACUGAGAGGGAAACUGCAAAGAAAGCGGCCCAGCGGGAAGUGAGUGAGCUGAAGAAAGCUCUGGACGAAGCCAACACCAGGUCCGUGGAGGUGUCCCGCACUAACCGGGAGCUGCGGCAGAAACUGACAGAGCAGGAGAAGACGCUGAGCAGCAACAAGGAGAAAAUAAAGAACCAGAAGGCUCAAAUCAAGCUGCACUUGUCCACUAAGUCGAACAGUGUUCAGAAUAUAGAGCGGAUGAAGCAAAUAGAAAUAGAAUUGAGGCAAAUGGAGCUGAUUAAGGAUCAGUAUCAGAAAAAAAACUAUGAGCAGUCACUGAGUAUCCAGCAGUUUGUGUCUGAAGUGUCGAACCUGCAGAAGGAGAUGCAGGUGCUGGCCAAGAGCCAGUACGACACCUCCGCCCAGAACAAGCAGAACGAGCUGCGACUUGAGGCCGAGCGGAAAAUCCGGCAGAAACUGGAGAACCGAUGCCAGGAAUUAGAAGAAACUGUAAGACACUUGAGGAGAUGCAAAGAGGCGACAGAGAAUAAGCUGAAAGAAGCCAGUGUGGAGUCAGAACAGAUAACAGCAAAUCUGGAAGAGGCUCACCGAUGGUUCAAGUGCAGGUUCGACGGCCUCCAGCUUGAGCUGUCGAAGAACCGGCUGCAGAGGCUUCCCCGGGAAGACAGGUGGCAGGAAGAGGAUCAGGAUAAAAACCACGAUGUCGUCACCACACAGUCUGCACUGCAGCGAUGGGAAAGUAAACAGAACCUGAGACUGUACCCCAAGAAGUGCCCCUCUAACCUGGACAGGAAGUGACUUCCUGGCAGAGGGGCGUCUCCACUCACAGCUGCCCAGCAGCCGGCUCGUCCGACCGUCCUCAGAACAUGACGUCUUCCAUGCGGGCUGAAGCGUUUAGCCCUACUUUGCGCUUCUGUGAACGUGGCAGAACAGUACAGAAGCUCCCCGUCUUCUUGCUCCCUCCCCAGUUUCCACCCAAUAAAUUUAUAUUGAUCUCUUGUAUGACAGCAAAUACUAAUGCAUAAUAUAUUUGGCUGUUUUCUAGGUGCAUUUGAUCAGAAAAACAAAUUUAGGGGCACCUCAUGAUCUGGCUUGUAAAUGAUGUAUUUUGUUUCAAUAAAAUGUUCUAGUCUGAUAUUCA